AUGGAGGAGAUUUCAUUGGCUAACCUGGAUACUAACAAGCUAGAGGCCAUCGCUCAGGAGAUAUACGUAGACCUGAUAGAGGAUUCUUGUUUGGGAUUCUGUUUUGAGGUUCACCGGGCAGUCAAAUGUGGCUACUUCUACCUGGAGUUCGCGGACACUGGUAGUGUGAAGGAUUUUGGCAUUCAGCCAGUUGAAGAUAAAGGAGCAUGCCGCCUCCCUCUUUGCUCCCUUCCCGGAGAAUCUGGGAAAGGGCCUGAUGAGCAGGUGCAGCGCUCACCACCGGAAUUCCAGUAG